CACAGCCACCGGGCGCGUAUUUUGUUGUGGCCGGUCACGAGAACGAAAUCAAUGUAUAAAUUAUCUUUCUUUAACUUAUAGACCCUGAAUCAAGGGUUCGACGUCAUGACCAUUUUUAUUAGUUUUAGGAGGCAAGCUUCACGUACAUUCCGACUGUUUAGAUCCUCACCAACUAUUUUCAAAGAAUUUGGCAUGUCGAUACAAAAAGAGUCCAGUUUUGUACCAAAAAAAGUUUUGGUAUUGGCCAAAGUAUCACGUUUUGAUUUUGAGAGAUUACGAGAGCCAAAACUCAACGACAAACAGAUAGAAACUAAGCUCCUAGAGAGAGGCUCAGAUUGCAAAGCGAUGCUUGAAAGUCAUCGCAAAAAUAAAGAUGUUGUCAACCAAGCUGUCAAAACAUUGGAAACUUUGAAUAUUGAAUACAAGUUGACGGACAGGCUGAGCAUAGAUCAGGCCAGUUUUGAUUGGGCGGAUAUGAUAUUGGCGAUAGGAGGUGAUGGAACAUUUUUACUUGGAGCGAAUCUUGUCUACGACAACAGCAAACCAAUACUCGGGAUAAAUUCAGAUCCAUCAACUUCUGAGGGUUAUUUAAUGCUUUCCCCAAAUUACACUUAUCAAAUACCAAAGAUCUUUGAGAUGUUAAAAUCAGGAAAUUUUAAUUAUCUCAUGCGGAGUAGAAUUCGAGUCACACUGCGAGGAACUGGAAUUCUGAAUCCUCCUUUCCACAUGCAUGAAAAGGGAAGAAUACUUGGAAAGGAGAGUUACAAGCCAUAUUAUACUGACAAAGAUUUGGACAUUGAUAAUUGCUACAUUCAAAGAAGGUUCCAAGCUGAUAAUCAAGAGGAUGCAACUCUCGGGCACGACGCCCCUAAAGAAAGAAAGUUACCGUGGCUGGCUCUGAAUGAAGUUUUCAUCGGUGAGUCUUUGUCAGCACGAACCAGUUCUCUCAACAUCAAAGUAGACGAUGGACCAGAUUUUCACAAAGUGAAAAGUUCUGGUUUGUGCAUAAGCACAGGAACGGGAUCGAGCUCUUGGUACAGAGCAAUAAACAGCUUGACGACUCAGAUGGUCAAAGACAUUUUGCGUGUUGCCGAUCCUCAUAAAAGUCACACCGAAGAGGAACUCGAAAAAAUUUGUACAGAUUUUAACAACAGUCUUCAAUUCCCUGCUGAUGACCAACGAAUGAGCUACGCAAUAAGGGACAUAAUUAUCAACGAUAUAUGGCCACUGCCAAAGACGAUUGCGCCCCGCGACUUUUGUACAACGAUGACGGUUCAAUCGCAGUGUUACGACGCUGAUUUGGUGUUGGACGGUGGAAUAGGAGUUCCCUUCAAUGUAGGAACGACAGCAUAUUUGACGAUCGAUCCUGAGGACGCCCUGAGAACGAUCGUGCUCGAAGAUUGAGGCCGGAAGGAGAAAGCGAGGAAAAAGGGAAUGCUGAAAGCGAUUUGAAUGUACAUAAAAAAUGCAUUUUGUAAUUCCACCUACGAUUGUAGAAAAUGUGUUUAAAAAAAUAUCAGUGUAAAGUCAAA